AUGAUUCAGCCAAAGUGGCCUCUCCUUCUUUUUACACUUCCUGCAAUUAGUUCAGGCGAUUGGCUCGACCUGACAAAGUCCAGUACAGUUGAAUGGUCAUCAGAAAGCUCUGAUCCGUCAUAUAUUGCUAUCUCUCUCACCAACGAAGACCGCGCUCUCAGCCGCGACGUCACCGUCGCCGAAAAUGUGUCGACAUCUGAUGAAUCCUAUACAUUUGACAGUGUCACUGCUCUUCCUGGGUCCGGCUAUGUAAUCAAACUAAAGUCCCCAGAUGAUGGUAAUAUUGAAGCUCAGUCCGGGGACUUCAUCGUUGUCAAACCGGGGGAUUCCAAUGUGACUAACAACGGCUCGACUACGCACGAGGAUGAGGACAAUGCUGCUGGACGCGCGGGAAUCUAUCCCACAUUGGGACUCUUUUUGACACUGUUUAUGGCCGGUUUUAAUGUGUUGUAA